UGCGGCGAAAACGGACGGAGGGAGAGGGAGAGGGAGAGGGCGAGCGGCACGAGCAGAGCAUGACGGAAGCGGCCUGCAGGUGGCGACAAGGGAACCGAUCGCGUUCGUUUCGCGCCUCGCUGCCCGUAGUUGUCAACAAUGCGCCUCCCACGUGUCUCCCCCUCGCGCUGCAUGCGGCUGCGCAAGGGCAGAGAGGAGAGAGGACUCGCGUCAGGCGGCGCCACCUCCUCCUCCAUCCCCUCCCCUACCCUUCUUUUUAACCCCUCCUCGCCCCAAUACUCCUCACGCAGCCCUCAAUCGCAUCCCGCAGCAUGGGGACGACCUCCUCCCGCGCCGCCGCCUGCCUCGCCCUCCUCUGCUUCGCUUCAAUGCUGCUGGCGAUUUCGCCAGCCCUCGUCCCUGAUGUCGAUCCGACCAUUUUGUUGCCGUCUGAUCGGCCCAUCCCUGAUACCUCGGUGGAGGACGAGACGGGAACCACUUGGGCUCUUCUCGUGGCUGGCUCUUCGGGCUACGGAAACUAUCGGCACCAGGCGGACGUGUGCCACGCGUACCAGCUGCUGCGGAAAGGUGGGCUGAAGGAGGAGAACAUAGUGGUGAUGAUGCACGACGACAUCGCUGACAACCCGCUCAACCCCAGGAAGGGAGUCAUCAUCAAUCACCCCCAGGGCCAAGAUGUUUAUGCUGGCGUCCCCAAGGACUACACCAAGGAGCAAGUCAAUACCAGGAACCUGUAUGCAGUGAUUUUGGGUGAUAAGAGCGCUGUAGAAGGUGGAAGUGGAAAGGUCAUAGAAAGUAAAUCCAAUGAUAGGAUCUUUAUCUACUUCUCCGAUCAUGGAGGACCUGGGGUCCUUGGAAUGCCCAAUUUGCCAUAUCUUUAUGCUGCUGAGUUCAUUGAAGUAUUGAAGAAGAAGCAUGCAUCCAAGAGUUACAAAGAAAUGAUUAUUUAUGUGGAAGCAUGUGAGAGUGGCAGUAUCUUUGAAGGUUUAAUGCCAGAAGACCUUAAUGUAUAUGUGACAACAGCAUCCAAUGCUGUUGAAAGCAGCUGGGGAACCUACUGUCCUGGGAUGGAUCCUCCACCACCACCGGAAUAUAUGACUUGCCUUGGUGACUUGUACAGCGUUGCAUGGAUGGAAGACAGUGAGAAUCACAAUCUAAAGGAGGAAACGGUUGGGAAACAGUAUGAGUCAGUGAAGAUGAGGACAUCAAACCAGAACACAUACAGUGCAGGGUCUCAUGUGAUGGAGUAUGGUGAUAAGAAUGUAAAACCUGAGAAGUUGUACCUUUACCAGGGCUUUGACCCUGCCAAUGCCAAUUUAACUGAGAAUGCACUUCGCCUCAGCAAGCAGAUGGGAGUCAUCAAUCAGAGAGAUGCUGACCUCCUAUUCUUAUGGCACAUGUAUGAAAGAUUAGAGGAAGGGUCAAACAAAAAGAAGGAAAUUCUCUCGGAGAUCACUGAGAUGAUGAUGCACAGAGCACACCUUGACAGUAGCAUCGAACUCAUCGGCAAUCUAAUUUUUGGAUCUGAUGUUGCACCUUCAGUCCUCAAAACCGUGAGGCCAUCUGGCCAGGCUCUGGUUGAUGAUUGGGUUUGCUUGAAAACAAUGGUCCAAGCAUUCGAGUCGCAUUGUGGAUCGCUCACUCAAUAUGGCAUGAAGUAUAUGCGAGCUUUCGCAAACAUAUGUAACGAGGGUGUCUCGAAGGAUGCGAUGGAAGAAGCUUGUGGUAAUGUUUGUGGAAGCUACAACUCAGCUAAGUGGAGUCCCUUUAUCCAUGGCUACAGUGCAUGAUCUUGUAUCUCAAAAUUGCACACGUCUAGUGCAAUGUAAGCUCAUCAGUGCUCAUACAUAAAUAUAUACACACUGGCAGUAGGAAUAGUCAUAUGCUUACUUAAACUUGUUCAAGGGUGUUGUUUCGGAUAGCCAGAGCCACCUAAAAUCUCGGUCUUGAUAUUUUAACCGACAAUGCAUGAUAGCUAAUAUGAUUAAUUUAAAGUGGUAAUUGGGUCAA